ACAUCGAUUUCGUACAAAGAAAUUAACAAUUUAUGCAAGUAAAACAUUAAAUGCACAUUGUGCGGAAUAGUGUGAAAUCAGCAUAUAAGAUCACCCGGUAUAAUAAGAAUAGAAUAACUGCACAUGGAAUACGCAGUUAAUAUUAGAAACAGUUGGCAAUUAAAAUCAAAAGCAAGCAAUUUAAAUCGAAAAGUCCAAAUAAUAAGAAAAACCCUCAGCGUUUAUGAUGAAAUCGAAAUAUUUAUAUAUAAUUAUAAAAUUAUUAACCAUUUUCCAGGCUCUUAGAGCUACAACGCAGGACGAGAUUUUGGAACUGCAAUGCACAGAGAAUAGCCAGUGCAGCAGCCUCUACCAGAAUUCGGAAAUAAAGGCAACGUGCAAUAAUGGCACUUGUGAGUGUAUGUCCAAUAACCAAACUGUGCAAUGUAAACCAAAGAUAGUGAAAUUGAAUAAUAUAAUUGGCGGUGCUUGUCCCUGCCCCCAGCCGAAUGCUGAGUGCUUUUCGACACAAGAUAUUUGUUAUUGUGCUAAAGACUACCUGCCAAGCGUGGACCGACGUCGGUGCUUGCGAGAAAAGCAAGGCAUUGAUGAACCAUGCGAGGAGGAUUUCCAAUGUCAAUACAUGCAAGGCUAUGCCGAAUGCAACAAGGCAAUUGAGUAUUGUAUGUGUAAAUCGGGUUUUAUGCCUCUGGCCAGCAAAUGUGUUUCAAUUAUAAAGGAUGAAAUAGAGUGUGGAGCUGACAGCGAUUGCAAUCAAUUUGGUGAAGGAGCAGAAUGUGCAUUGACUGAGAAGAAAUGUGUGUGCAGUUGGAAAUAUGUGAAGCAUGAUACGAAGGAUCUCUGUAUACCAACUGUACCAUAUAAUGGUACAUGUAAACAGGAUGCACAGUGUCAAGGUAUAGCAGGAGCCAACAGUAUUUGUAAGCAUAAAAAAUGCGGUUGUGCAGAAAACUAUAUUCCACAUAAAGUAACUAAUUCUGUGAAUGAGCAGUUGGUGGUUUGCGAACGUAUUGUAGAGCGUGGACAGUAUUGUCGUAGUGACAUUGAUUGCUAUCAAUAUCAGCAUUCAGAAAUUGACCAAACGCUGUACUGUUACCAAGGCGAGUGCACCUGCAGAGACGGUUAUUUUUCCAUAAAUGACAGUGAUUGUAUAAAGGGUAGUAGUGCAACGAAAGUGGCAACAGUUUUGACAAAUCUCUUAUUGGCCAUUGGCAGCAGUGCUGUGGUUAUAUUUCAUCUUUACCUUUUCUAGGAAGUGAUCGUCAUGAAAUGUAUUAUUAUUAAUAUAAUAUAAUAAAAUAUGAUAUUAAUAUCCUUUUGUAUGUAAAAUAUUUGUACAUGUUAUAUGUAAAUAUUAAGUAGAUUAUAUAGAUUUAUAGCUCGAAUAAAUUUAUUAAAAACAUUC